GAUUGCAGUAAACGUCUCCCAAGGGUUUCAAGGGGAAAAGGCAAUUCUUGCAUUAGCAAUAAACCAUCCGAUGUUAGUCACUGUGACUGGGAGAUCGGACCGCUUUAUUGGGAAAAGCGCUCUGCCGCUGCAUUCGGGUGUACACGGGGAAGGGGUGGGUGCCAAAAGUCCCCCGUUCUUCGCCUAAUGUAAUCAUUUAAUCUUUUGAAGGCAACACGGAACUCGGGGGCGCCUCUGAACCAGCCCAAGAGGCAAAGGACUGCUGCUGGGGCAUCGUACUGCGGAUAAACUGAAUCGUUGCCUGGACCCGGACCCAAGUGGACAGCAUGCCCCCCGCAACACCACCCACCUUCGGGGACUCUCGGACAGAGUCACUAGGACUACGGAGUACACCCGUCAAGAUGUGGAAUCGCAGCGUUGCCUGAAAUUGUAAACGCCUGCGCUAGGUGUCAUUUACUGGGGGGAUCUGACCAGGGAUAGUUCACCAUGCUCAAUGGAUAUACAGUAAAACGGCUUUCAGCAUCUCCGAAAAAGGCCUCUGGAUCCAAAUUUCAAGUCCAACGGAGGCUACAUCAGUCUGUGCCCAGCCUUGUGUGAAGCAAAAGAGAGAAACAGCAAGAGAGAGACUGAAAGAGAGGAAGAGAAGGAGGAGGGAGGGCUCUCCAAUGAUAACCCUGAGUGUACGUUACACGGCUCUCUGGUAGCCACCAUUUUAAAUUGGCCCUCACAGUGCUCCGCAGCGGCUGACUGAGAGUGAAAAUGUGAUGAGCUUUUCUGUCGUCCCCAUAGCGAGCGAGCGUGGAUGGAGGCCGGCGAAGGAGGCGCAUUGCUUAAUGAGACCAUUGCUCUUGUGUUGGGAGGCUUAGGACAGGCAAUUACUGAGGGAUUACCACCAGAGGCCUCCUCCAGCAGUGCUGCUGCCGCCGCUCCACCACUGCUGACUGCUGGGGCAGGGAACUAAGCAGACACAGCUUGUUACAGAACAUUUUUUUCCUCUUUGGAUUUUUAUUGUUUUUGUUCCUUUUUUUUUUGUGGUGGUUGUUUGUUGGAAUUUGUCAUUUUUCUCACGACAAAUCGUCUGUAUGUCAUAUUGUUAAUAAUGGAGCUCCAUCAGUCAGGGCGUGUGUGGAAUAAGGACUGGGUCUCUUUCCUCAGGCCGUGGAUACCCAUACUGCUGGGCCUGCACAUGCAGUUCUCCCGGGCGUCCGGGUCCAGCUGCCCUGAGGAGUGCCGCUGUGAUAGGACCUUUGUUUACUGCAAUGAGAGAAGCCUGACCUCGGUGCCUCUAGGGAUCGGAGAGGGCUACAAGACCCUCUACCUCCACAACAACCAGAUAAACAAUGCCGGCUUCCCCUUGGAGUUUCACCACAUAGCCUCCGUGGAGAAUGUCUAUCUCUACGGCAACCAGCUUGACGAGUUCCCCAUCAACCUGCCCAAGAAUGUUCGGGUGCUGCACCUGCAGGAGAACAAUAUCCAGACCAUUUCCCGGACCGCACUGGCCCAGCUGCUGUGGCUGGAAGAGCUACAUCUGGACGAUAACUCCAUCUCCACAGUUGGGGUGGAAGAAGGGGCGUUCAGAGAGGCAAUCAGCCUCAAGAUGCUCUUCCUUACAAAGAAUCACCUGAGCAGCGUCCCUAUUGGUCUACCGGAAGAUCUCAAAGAGUUGCGAUUGGACGAGAACCGGAUCGCGGUUAUCGCAGAGGAGGCGUUCAGGAAUGUGACGAGGUUAGAACGCCUCCUGCUGGAUGGGAACCUGCUGACAGACGAGGGUGUGGCACCUGGAACCUUCCAGGACCUGGUAAUGCUCCGGGAGCUGUCUCUGGCGCGGAACUCCCUCACCUACCCACCCCCACUGCUCCCGGGGGACGUUCUGGUGAAGCUGAACUUUCAGGAUAAUCAGAUGAAUGAGAUCCCUGUGACGUCUUUCGAGGGACUGAGAAGGCUAGAGAGACUGGAUAUUUCCAACAACCAGCUGCAGUCCCUGACACAGGGGGUCUUUGACGGCCUCGUCAGCCUCAGACAGCUCACUGUUCGGAACAACCUUUGGCUGUGUGACUGCAGCAUUAACUGGGUCAUACUGUGGUUAAAGUCCCUGCCAACCUCCCUCAACGUGCGCGGCUUCAUGUGCCAGAAGCCUGAGAGGGUCCGUGGCAUGGUAAUCAGAGAGCUGAACACUGAGCUGAUCCAGUGCCCUCACAGCACCACAACUGCCCCGCCGCCCAUCAACCUGCCCCCCACCUCACCAGGCCUGACCUCCCGCUCCCCUCCCUCCUCGACAAACUCCCCAUCAGACAUGCACUCCCUCUCUCCCCCAUCCAAGCUCCCCUCCUCUCCCACACCUCACCCACACCCCCCUCUCUUCUCCUCUUCCCCUCCCAGAGACGGGGAACAGAGGACUAACUUGCCACCCCUGGACCCAGAGCGGGAGAACCUGCAAAUCAAGUUCACCAUACUCAACGGUUCAGCCAUCCACGUCAGCUGGGUGGCCUCCUUCCCUGUCACAGCCUACAAGGUCACCUGGGCCAAGAUGGGUCCCAGCCUGUCUGGAGACACGGUCCGGGAUAGGAUGGUGGGAGGGGAGCACCGGGGCAUACGGUUGGCCAACCUCGAGCCUAAAUCCACCUACCGAAUCUGUGUCAUCCCCUUAGACGUGUUCAAUAACUACCGGCCCAAGGAUGAUACAGUGUGUUCAGAGGCUGUGACUAAGCCGGUCUCCUAUGGUCCAGAUAAUAAUAAAGGUCCGUUGUGGCCGGAGCAGGCCACCCAGCAGGACCCCAGCUCUCCCUUCCUCCUGGCUGGCCUCAUUGGAGGCGCUGUGAUUGUUGUCCUGGUGCUUCUCCUCAGCAUAUUCUGCUGGCACAUGCACAAGAAGGACCGGUCGUCCUCAACCAAUUGGAAAUACAACAAGGGCAGGAGAAAAGAUGACUAUGGAGAGGCAGGAACCAAAAAGGAUAACUCUAUACUGGAAAUGACUGAGACCAGCUUCCAGAUAGUGUCCCUGAACAACGAACAGCUCCUGAAAGGAGACUACCGCAUACAGCCCAUGUAUACCCCUAAUGGGGGCAUAGGCUUCAGAGACUUCCCUGUGGGGAACAAUAGCACAGUAUAUUGCAAGAACAAUGUUCAAGCAGACACAGACUUUUGCCGUGCAUGAUGGUUUUGCACAACAGAGUGUUAUAGAACCCCCUUUGUAUUAACACAUACACUUAACUACAUACAGUACCCUGUACAGUAUAUAUUUCAUAGACCCCUGUGUCUACAAUGUAAUUUAUACACCAGCUGGACUAUAAUGUUGAAUUCAGCUACCUUUUAUAUUCCCUUAGUUAAAAUGCUAAUUGAUUUAUAAGUUAUUGGUUUCUUGAAGUUGUGUUACUCGGUUCUGUGCAGACAGAUUUGUCCAAUCAGAGUUCUCUCAUCAUUUUAUAUAAAGUUUGGUUCUGAAUUGAGCUCCAUUACCGCUGGGCCAUUUUAUAUUCAGUUUGGUUCUGAUUUGUGCUCCAUAACCGCUGGGCCAUUUUAUAUUCAGUUUGGUUCUGAUUUGAGCUCCAUAACCGCUGGGCCAUUUUAUAUUCAGUUUGGUUCUGAUUUGUGCUCCAUAACCGCUGGGCCAUUUUAUAUUCAGUUUGGUUCUGAUUUGAGCUCCAUAACCGCUGGGCCAUUUUAUAUCCAGUUUGGUUCUGUUUGAGCUCCAUAACCACUGGGCCAUUUUGAAGUUGUGUGAUAGCCAGACAGUGUACUCAUUGCUAAAAAAUUUGCCUCACCAGUGAUGAAUCUAACAAGCACAGUGUCCAUAACAGAUGUGGCUAUUCCAUGUUUUGGCAAUGGGAAUUGAAAUAAUUGGGGGUUAUGUAAAUUAGACUUGCUGUGUCAACUCAAUGUGACAGAGAGAACCAAUAUAAAACCAGCCAUUCAGGAAAUUAUAUUUGGAGAGAAAUAUUUUCUCACGGUAAGGAUUUGAGAGAGAGAGGAUGAGAGGGACAGAGGGAAGGAGGGAGGGAGUGAGAAAGAGAGAGAGAAAUAGAGAGAGUGAGACAGGGUGGAGAGAGAGAGAGAGAGAGAGAGAGAGAGAGGGAAGGAGGGAGGGAGUGAGAAAGAGAGAGAGAGAAAUAGAGAGAGUGAGACAGGGUGGAGAGAGAGAAAUAGAGAGAGUGAGACAGGGUGGAGAGAGAGAGAGAGCGAGAGAGAGAGAGAGAGUGUUUUCAAAUAUACCACAAGAGGGCAGAGUUUUUCAUUAUGGUCAAUUAGUCAUUACAUUCAUUUCUUGGACAUUGCUUAGUACUGAACAGAGAUUCUACCGAUGUCGUCCUGCUGCAGUGAGUGACAUCUCUCUCAUCUUCACAUAUCACAACAACAAAAAACAGAGAGAUCUGUUGGUCUAAAAGCUGCAUGGACUCCUUAGUUUGGAGUGCUGAUCUAGGAUCAGUUUAGCCUUUUAGAUCAUAUUGAAUAAGAAUUCAAUGGACAGGAGGGACCUGAUUCUAGUUCACCUCUCCUACUCUGGAAUGCUUUACGAAUACAAGCCCUGAUCCAAGUAUUUCUCUCAAUAACAACCCACUCCUAUGUUAUUGGCCACUGGUCACUUACCACAACUUGGAUAUAGAGUUUAUGAAAUGGUAGAAGUAAUCAAGCUUUGUUGAACCUUCUGAUUGUUUCCAAAGCUGUUGAAAGAUUUUUUUUAAUGGACUUGACUCAUGCACAAGUCAUACGUAUGCGUCUUACGCUUUCCUUUAAGUAGAAUUACAGCGUAAGGAAACUGUACUGUUUGUUAUAGUUGAGAAUGAAAGAUGGGUGUUAAACACAUAGCAGAGUUAACUGGAACAAGCAUGUCUGUCCAGAAAGAUGGAAAGCAACUAUUUCAGUUUUUGUUCAACAAAAAAUGAUGUUAUGGUAUUACAUUAUAUGUGCCUUGAAAUGAUCCGCUCAUAAUGUAAUGUCUUUUGAAUCCAUGUUUUUGCACAAACGUGUACUGUACUGUAUAUACAUACAAUUGACAUUGAAUUGUUGUUGAAAAAAACUA